CGAGCAUCCAGGCCAAUUGCAGCUCAGCUUCACCUACCUACUCGUACUCACUGCUACCUACUUUAAGACCUUGCUGGUCCCACCAUCUUGAUUCCCUCUCACUUCAAUCACUCAUUCAUCUGGGUCCACUGCAAAUAUUGCCAGACUCAUGAUGGCAACCACAUACAAUGUCCCUCCGACCUUGAGCGUGCUGAGAGUACUGCACAAUGUCUCCGUGGGUCGGAUCAUCGCCGCUAUCUUCACGAUUCUGAUCGCACGCUUCAUCCUCAGAGGGAUCCAGCGAGUAUACUUCCACCCUCUGAGCAAAUUCCCAGGACCCAAAUUGUCAGCAUUCACCCGUAUCCCGCAUCUCCGAGCUCGGUUCAAGGGCGAAGUGCACUUGUAUCUCAAAGAACUCCACGAAAAGCACGGUGAAGUAGUGCGCGUCUCCCCGGACGAGCUGAGCUUUAUCAAUCCCAACGCUUGGAAGGACAUCUACGGCCACGGAACAAGAGGCACCAAAGGAUCCCCACCACCAAAGGACUUCUCCCGCUUCGGAAGAGCAGUCAACGGCCACUAUUCCCUUAUAGCCACGCCGGACAAUGGAGAGCACUACAAGACCCGUCGCAUGUUCUCCCCAGCCUUUUCUGAUCGAGCGCUGAAAGACCAGGAGCCAUUGUUCAUCAAGUAUGUUGAUCAGCUCGUCUCAGUCCUACGCAACAAACCGGAUAGUGAGGGUAAAUUCGAUAUGGUGAGGAUGUACAACUUCACGACUUUCGAUGUCAUGGGAGAUCUCACCUUUGGCGAACCGCUUCACAUGCUAGAUAACGCUGAGUAUGACCCUUGGGUGUCCAUCAUUUUCAAGGCACUCAAGUUGGGUUCUCGUCUAGCGCUCUUGCACCAUUAUCCCAUACUAUACAAGGCAUACAAGAAGUUGGUCCCAGAAAAGAAGUUGAAGAAGCGAUACGAACACUUCCAAUACUGCGUCUCCCGGGUCACCAAGAGAUUGGAGAAAGGGAGGCAAGCUGAGGGCGUUGAUCUCUGGAGCCUGAUUCUUGAUUCGGAGGACAAAGGCAAGGGCCUCAGUCGAGGCCAAAUGGAUGCUAACGCCUCCCUCUUCAUGGUUGCCGGAACUGAAACGACUGCCACUCUCGUCUCUGGCUUCACGUACUUCAUGCUCAAGAAUCCGACCGUCAUGAAGAAGCUCCAGGAGGAGAUCCGAGGUGCAUGGUCAAGCUCAGAGGAUAUCAAUAUGGAGGUUGCGGCCAGGUUACCCUACCUCAACGCUUGCAUCAAGGAGGCUUUCCGCAAGUACCCGCCUGUUGCCAUUGGCUUGCCACACCGAACUCCUAAGGAUGGAUCGACUAUCUGUGGUGACUUUGUCCCUCCUGAUUUCACUGUUGCCGCGCCCCAUUUGGUGAUGUACAACUCCCCUUCGUACUUCAAAGACCCCGAGCUCUUCGUCCCUGAUCGAUGGCUGGGGGAUGAGCGCUACAAGGAUGACGUCUUGAGUGCCCUUCAGCCGUUCUCUGUUGGCUCGCGUGAUUGCCUUGGGAAGAACAUGGCAUAUCAUGAGAUGCGCUUGAUCCUAACCAAGGUGUUCUAUAACUUCGAUUUGGAGCUAUGCCCUGAAAGUGACGACUGGGUUAACCAGAAAGCAUAUGUGCUGUGGGAUAAGCCCUCUUUGAUGGUAAAGGUCAGUCCUGCGCAGAAUGCAGGAACAUGAGUCGGGAUACAGACGAAAUGCUCGCAUCACUGUCAAUGAGGGGUGAAAAUGUCUAGCUAUCAGCGAUUAUGUCCCAUUAUGACUAUAGGCUCAUUCCGUGGACUGGCGAUUGUUCAAUGCGAACCUUGGCUACUAAUCUUUGAUACUCGGGUAGUUCGGAAACAUCGUGUGCCAGAGUGGUAAUCUUGUACAAUUUGUAAUACAGCGUCAAAAUACAAUAUCUUGCAUUCAAACAUCCUUAGAUGACGUUCUCUCGUUGUUACCAUGCCUCUUCCAGCAUUCUCGAAAGAUCUCCAUCUACACGCCUGUUAGUGAAAAUCCACACACAUCAAUUCCGACCAUGGCUCGGCAGCAGCUCGGAUUCCGAGCUAAGCUAACAGACAAGACGCCUCCACGCACCUCCUUCUUACACACUCGCCAAUCUU